AUGCAUAAAAUCGACCAGCUUACAAAAACGCUCAGCGAUGAAGACAAAAGACACAUUGCAGACCUGAUUGAGACGGGGCAGACGGAGCUGCUGACCCAUGAAGGAAUAAACGAGAGAAACAUCUUAGACAUCAUUAAACAGAUCAAAGAAUUCGAGCUGGUGUACCCUGAUGGGCUGCGAAAAUACGUGGAGGGAGCUAAAUUUUUGAUGAAAAGAUCGGAAAAGAAACUGCACAAUUUUGAACACUGUGUAAUAGAAAGACCAGAUAAUUUAAUAAAGAUAAAAUUUCCCUGGGAUGAUAUGAUGCCCCAAUUUGGUGGAGGUAGCAGAGAGGAGAAGAGAAUAUAUGUACUCGAUGGGCAGUCUGAGGGGCACUCCCAUGGAAAGGAAGACCCUUCUAAUGUGUCCUCACGCACGUCGAACCAAAGCAUUGAGGAGUACGACACGAAUGGCACUUUUCUCCAGGACGGCAGCUUGGUCUGCCCGUCGGAGGCCGAGGGCACUCCGCUUCCCCAAAGGACGCUAUCCCCGACAGGGAUUACCACCACAGAGAUGUUCACCACAGAGAUGUCCACGACAGAGAUGUCCACAACGGCCAUUUCCACCACGUCGCUGUCCUCUUCUUCAUCGAAUGGAGAAGGUCACGACCCGAAUGUGUACCGAAGUAGUUACCUCUCCUUAAGUGAUGAGCCAAAGGGGAAGCAACCAAAUAAAACAAACACACAGAAGGACGCAACCCAAGCGAGUGGAACCCUCGCACAAAUCGACCAGUACCUUCAGUACGAACAGAUAGGACUGAGCCAAAUAGACAAAGUAUGCUUCGUAUUGCUAGCCGGGGGGUUGGGCGAACGAUUAAAUCACAAAGACAUAAAAUUAAAGCUACUAACAAAUUUAGUCUCAGAAAAAACGUACAUUGAAUAUUAUUGUAAUCAUUUGAAGGCUUUCCAAGAGUAUAUAAAGAGGAGGAAAAACAAAGAGGUUGACAUCCCCUUCAUUAUUAUGCUGUCCGAUGAUACGUAUGAGGAGACGGUGACCUUCUUGCGGAGGAACCAUUUUUUCUCUCUUAAGGAGAACCAAAUGUAUUUUUUAAAACAGAAGAAGGUAUUAUGCUUUAAGGACAGCGAAGCACACAUCGAUUUUGUAUUUCAAAAUGGGUGUUUCCUCCUUUCCAGAAAACCACAUGGCCAUGGGGACAUCCAUUCUCUCAUUCGGAAGCACAUUAAUUUGGACGUUCUGAUAGAAGAAGGAUACACGCAUUUGUAUUUUUUCCAAGACACGAACGCUUUAGCUAUGAAGGUUCUCUUUGUGUGUUUGGGCGUGUCCAUAGAGAAAGAGCUACAUAUGAACUUCUUAGCAAUUUCGAGGAAUCCUGGGGAAGAAAUCGGAGCCAUCUGCAACUUGACCAACUCGGAUAAUUGCAGAAGAGUCGUAAACAUUGAAUACAAUUUUUUAGAAUCCAUCCUCACGGGUUCAGGGGGACAGGAGCUGGUCGAUGAGGAUGGAUUUUCCUUCUUCCCUGGCAACACCAAUUGUAUUAUGUUCCAAAUGAGGACGUACAACGAGUUGCUGAAAAGAACCAAUGGGGUCGUUCCGGAGUAUGUUAAUCCGAAGUAUGCCGAUCAGGAGAGGAAGAAUUUUGUUCGGGCCACCCGAGUGGAAAGCAUGAUGCAGGAUUUUGCCUUUUUGUACUACUCUGGGGAGAGGGAAGGACCAGACAACGUGUUAGACGAAGAGGGUGUGAAUAAGAUGGGAAGUUUUCUCUACAAACCUGGCAGAGUGGGUGUGACUCAGCUAGACAGGUGUCUCUGCUUCUCCGCGGUGAAGAACGAUCCCGCCAAGGCGAAGAGAAAAGUGCAAAGCGGCAUACACCCAGAAUGUAUGUUCAGCGCAGAAGCAGACCUCUACUACAGCAACUGCGCCUUUUUAGAGCUAGCCUGUUUGUACAAUCGGAAGUUGUUUCUCUUGGACGAUUUGGAGAUGAAGACAUUCAGCGGCGUUCGCUAUUUCCUCCCUCCCAAGGUUUUAUUAGAACCGCAAUUUGCCUUUACCCUAACGGAUGUGAUAAAAAAAGUAAGAGGAAAUAUAUGCAUUAGGAGGAACUCUACCCUGUGGGUGAAGUCAGAUGCGCUGAUUCGAAAUUUAAAUCUGGACGGGGCACUAAUCAUUGGAGGGGGUAACUGUGAAGACAGCGGUGGCCUCCCUGUUGUGUUGGAAGAGAACCUUUCCGUGCGGAACAGGGGGGAUGAGCUGGUGCCCCUUUCGUACACUAGGGAAGAGAACUCCGAGCAGCUCCAAAUAAGGGGCUAUAAGUUAGUAAAAAGGGAGGUCCUAAUGAUAAGCAGGUAG